GCAUCUCACGACAGACUGAAAGCAGGAGCUGCAGCCGUGUGCAGAGUUGCUUCCCAGGUGGAAUUUGGAUUUGGGAAUAAUUGUCAAGGAGGUAUGCGUUCUUUGGACCUCUCCGUUCCUGUAAUUGCCCUGAACUGAGGGUGAAGCGAACACAACUGAUAACCUCUGGCACAGAUCUACUGAGCCUCUUUCCAUCCGGCCAUGACGGUCACGUACACAGCCCGUGUGGCCAAUGCCCGCUUCGGUGGCUUCUACAAGCUGCUGAGCCUCUGGCGUGGAAGCAUCUACAAGCUGCUCUACAAGGAAUUCCUGGUCUUCUCUGCUUCCUACCUGGGACUCAGCCUUACCUAUCGCUUUGUCUUAACCGAGGAUCGGAAACGAGUCUUCGAAAAGGUGGUCAUUUACUGCGACAACUAUGCCAACCUCAUCCCUGUCUCUUUUGUCCUGGGCUUCUACGUGACACUGGUGGUGAACCGCUGGUGGAGCCAGUACACCUGCAUGCCGAUGCCAGACCGCCUGAUGUGCGCCAUCUCUGGGAAUGUGCAUGGGGCUGACGAGAAGGGGAGGCUUUACCGGCGAACGCUCAUGCGCUACUGCAGCCUUUCCGCCGUGUUGAUCCUGCGCUCAGUCAGCACUGCUGUGUUCAAGCGUUUCCCCACCAUGGACCAUGUAGUGGAGGCAGGUUUCAUGACUCGAGAAGAGCGCAAGAAGUUCGAGAACUUUAACACUUCGUACAACAGAUACUGGGUGCCCUGCGUUUGGUUUACCAACUUAGCUGCCCAGGCGCGCAAAGAAGGCCGCAUACGUGAUAACUCUGCUCUCAAGUUGCUCAUGGAGGAGUUGAAUCUGUUCCGUGGCAACUGCAGCAUGCUCUACCACUAUGAUUGGAUCAGCGUACCACUAGUCUACACCCAGGUGGUGACCAUUGCUGUGUACAGUUUCUUCGUUUCUUGUCUUGUUGGGCGACAGUUCCUCGAUCCAGCCCAGGGUUAUAAAGGACAUGACUUGGACCUGUGGGUCCCUGUUUUCACUCUGCUGCAAUUCUUCUUCUAUGUCGGCUGGCUCAAGGUGGCUGAGCAGCUCAUCAACCCUUUCGGGGAGGAUGACGAUGACUUUGAAACCAAUCUACUGAUUGACAGGAAUUUCCAGGUCUCCAUGAUGGCUGUGGAUGAGAUGUAUGGGGACCUGCCUCUCCUGGAGAAGGAUCGGUAUUGGGACGCCUCAAAUCCUCGAGCCCCGUAUACAGCAGCCACCGUUUUCCAGUUGCAACAGCCAUCAUUCCAGGGCUCCACUUUUGAUAUGACGCUUGCAAAGGAAGACAUGCAAUUCCAACCUCUUGAGGAUAUUGCCGAGGGCCUUGAACACAGCCGCCACGUACCUGCACACCUCUUGAACCGGCUGCUUUCCACGGCCCCUGCACCCGGUGGCUUUGGACGCCGACUGUCCCUGCUGAGGCGCAAGAACAGCUGCGUUUCUGAAGCGUCCACCACAUACAGCUGCCUCUGUCAGGACACACAGAUGAUGGACUGCACUUGUGGGCCUCCUGGACAGCUUUUGCCCCGCAAUAGUGUUCACUUCAGCUUUGAUGGGGAAGGAGACCCUGCCCACGAUGCCACCAGCCAUGAUACACACAAUGACCUCCCUGAGGUCCAGGCUGAUGGACUGGGUGAACCACCUCAGAAUAUGUUAGGCCAAGAGAGUGCUGUGGCCAACCCCCAAGAUGCACUGUCCCUUGUGAAUAUGCCUGUUCCUGAAAUGGAUAAUGACUUGUCGCAGCCUCUCCUGGAGCAUAGCUCUUCAGACGCCUCCUUCUUUCAAGCCCCAAAGGAGGCCCCCACUAAGGGGGGGCUUCCACCAGCCAGCUACCCCCACUGGUUACAGAGCCCCAUUGAGGAAGAAAAUGUGGCUUGAGCUGGUACUUCAGCCUCCACUGGUUCGAGUAGAGCUACUGCAUGGGAUGGCCUUUCAUGCUAGUACUGUUCAAUGCAGGGUCUGCAACUAAAGGACAGCAGGAACGAGACCAAUGGGGCAGCCUUUACAGCUGGGGUUCAGGGAUGACCUAACUGCUGACCUUUAAAAACUAAUUUAUCUUGAAUGCUGCCAUUGGGGAAAUGUUUUUUGUUUAAAAGAGUCACC